AUGAAUCACUACCUGGAUCUCUUUGUCUCCCCCCCUAGAUCACUACUCACGCAAGGAGCCAUGAUCGCUUUGAUCAAGGAAGAAGCAGAGGCUCCGAUAGCAGAUGUCCCGGAUCUUGUGCACGAAAUGACAAAACUAACAGGAGUAGAAAUAGCCAAAAGUGUCGUCGAUUCUGAAACCGACGCCGAGGUUAAAGGGACUGAGAUUAUCAGCCCGGUUGAAUCCCAAAUGAUUGCUACUGUCUUCUCGGUCCGAACCAGUAGUUCCAUGUUUUUCAGUGUGCACGACAGACGAUCGCAAAAGAUGGAUUGGAUUGAAACACCCCUGAACAUCGCGAAUAAUGCAGUAAUCACCAUCCCCAGUCAUGUCCCCCGAGAUAUCCAAGGAUCCCUGAUUGAUGUGUUGCAUGGCUAUGCCGAGGUAUUGAGUGUGGAUGACAGUGAUAUCGGGUUAUCUACUGUAAUCGAGCAUGCGAUCCUUACGGGGGAUCAUCCGCCAAUUAGCUGCGCUCCUUAUCGGUAUUCACCGGCGCAAAGAGCGGCCGCAUUUAAGAGGAUUAAGGAGUUCGAAGCUAACGGUGAUGGCAGUGGUGGGGCUGAACCAUUGAGACGCAGGCUGGGCACCGCUGGUGCAGACAAAAGGAAAGGCCAUGUGUUAGAUGAUACUGACAGGACUUCCUCAAGCAAGACGGCGCAGUCCACCACAACGGCCGUCAACAAGGACGCAACACCGGGCACUGACCCUGCUCUCUUUCAACCCCAGGGCGGCAAGGCACAUGAGAAGCUACUGAAGAGGAGUUCAGUGUGGCAGUGGGUUGAACAGGGACAAGAGGCUUUGCCGGCAGGCUGUGGGGAGUACUGGCUCAGGUGCCGCCUAUGCUCCACCAUCUUCAGGGGCUCGUCGAUGAAGGCGGUUCAUCAUUUCCUGAAACCGCAGAAACCGUGUCCUUUUCGAACAGGGGAGAUCGUCGAUGAGCUUGUGAGCAACCAGCGUGGCAAGGUGAAGUCCACCGACAAGAACACUCGUUACUUGUUGAAGAAUGCCAGGGGACUAGCCAGGUGUGCAGAGGGGGGUGAGGAGCAUGUGCAGAGUGAAUCUGAUGCUGAGGAUCCUUUGUCUGAGGCGGUGCCACCACCUCUACCGGGGAGGUAUGCUCCACGACUAGCUGCUCAGACUCCUGCCACGAACGGUGAGGAUGGGGAGGAGGGUGAUGAGGUCCCUAGCGAAGCGCAGGUCUUUGUCAAGCCUGUCAUGACCAAGCAAACCACAAUCAAGAAGUGGAUCGACAAUCAAGCUCGGAAGGAGUUGGACAUUGCCUGAGCGGAGGCAAUGUUCAGGGCGAGCAUUCCUUUCAACUUCAUAAACUUCGACACCACGCAAGCUUUGCAUGAAACA